AUGUCCGACACCCAGACCUACACUAUCCAGGUGUACAACAACAGUGACGCGCAACAGAACUAUCUUCUUUUCCAGACUGUGCCCGUUGUAUCUGGCUCGUCCAAUGUCUUUGCCAACGUCUACCAGGCAUCUGGACCUAUUCAGAGUGGUAAUUACUCCCAGGUCACCUUCCAGAUGACCGAUGAGUUCUUUGCUGUGUACGGAACGAGCCCUACUCCGCUCGGUGACAAAGUCAGAGUCACUACGGGUUCCGCAGAGUCAGUCCCCCUGUCUAGUGGUGAAGUACCCCCGCUGAAUGCCGGCACCACGUGUGUGAUGACCACCACGGAAAGCGAGUAUCCCACUUGGGCGACUGUCAGUCAGACUCAGAAGACCGAGCCCAAUGCCUAUUGCAUAUCCUGCGAUGGAUCGUUUAAUUAUCCCACGCAGACCAACAUCUUCAUUGGUAUGGGCGCUCGGGAUCCUGAGAGCAAGGAUAUCAUCCCGGUGACAACCGUGCCUGCAAGUCCCAACACCGACUUCUACUUCCAGCCAAUCGUCAAGUACUACAUUGGCACCGGUAACUUUGAGGCGGGGACAGUGGUCAACAUCACGGAGAUUGGACCAGUUUUAACUGUGGAUUUUACCCAGCUCCCCGAACCCUCGGCCGUCUACACCCAGGGCCGGGACAAUGAAUACACCCCGGGUGCCCCCUCUGAUGAUGCUGCCAAAGGCCGCAAGAAGAAGUAA